AUGGAACUAGCAAUGGCCGCGUUCCUCGGCAUCGUCCUUUGCGCUGCGUUCUUCCUCAGGACCUUCGUUUUGCGCGGCCGCCGCCGGGCAUACAACCCCCCGCCGGGCCCCAAGCCAUGGCCGAUCAUCGGCAACCUUAACCUCAUAGGCGAGCUGCCCCACCGCUCCAUCAACGAGCUCUCCAAGCGCUACGGCCCGCUCAUGCAGCUCCGGUUCGGGUCGUUGCCUGUUGUCGUCGGCGCGUCCGCUGAGAUCGCAAAGCUCUUCCUCAAGGUCAACGACGCGGCGUUCUCCGACCGGCCGAGGUUCGCGGUCGGCAAGUACACCGCGUACGACUACUCCGACAUCUUGUGGUCCCCCUUCGGGCCGUACCUGCGCCAGGCACGCAGGAUCUGCGCCACCGAGCUCUUCAGCGCCAAGCGGCUCGAGUCCUUCGAGCACAUCCGCGACGAGGAGGUGCGCGUGUUGCUGCGACAGCUGCGCCAAGCGUCCGGGUGCGCCGUGCGGCUCAGGGACUACCUGCAGAUGUUGACGCUCGGCGUGAUCUCGCGCACAGUUCUGGGCAAGAAGUACGUCCAGGAGGCGGCGGCCGGCGACAGCGAGGGGGACUCAGCGCCGGUGAUAACGGCUGCCGAAUUCAGGGAGAUGGUGGACGAGUACUUCGAGCUUCAUGGUGUGUUCAACAUUGGUGAUUUCAUCCCAUGGCUAGAUUGGCUGGACCUGCAGGGCUACGUUGCGAGGAUGAAGAGAACAAACGCGAGGUUUGAUCGAUUCCUGGAACAUGUCCUGGACGUGCACAACGAACGGCGGCGACUCGAGGGAGGGAGCUUCAUGCCAAAAGAUAUGCUGGACGUGCUGCUACAGCUGGACGAUGACACUAGUCUUGAGGUCAAGCUUAGCAGGGACAAUGUUAAGGCUAUCACACAGGACCUAAUCAUCGGAGCCACGGAUACUACUGCAAACACCCUGGAGUGGGCAGUCUCGGAGCUCCUCAAGAACCCCAAGAUCUUAGCCAAGGCCAUGGAGGAGCUGAACAACGUCAUAGGACCGGACCGCCUGGUGACGGAAAGCGACCUCCCUCACCUCCCCUACAUCGAGGUUCUCCUCAAGGAGACCAUGCGCGUGCACCCGCCCGCGCCGCUGCUGGCGCCCCACGUGGCCCGCGAGGACACAUCCGUAGACGGCUACGACGUGCUCGCCGGCACGGUCGUGUUCAUCAACGUGUGGGCAAUCGGCCGUGACCCUGCACUGUGGAACGCGCCGGAAGAGUUCCGGCCGGAGCGGUUCCUCGAGAGCAAGAUCGACAUGAGGGGCCAGGACUUCCAGCUGCUGCCGUUCGGCUCUGGCCGGCGGAUGUGCCCCGGGUUCAACCUCGCGCUAAAGGUGGUGGCUUUGGGCCUUGCCAAUCUGCUUCACGGCUUUGAGUGGAAGCUUCCGGACGGCGUGACGGCGGAGGAGCUGAGCAUGGAGGAGACCUUCGUGCUCACGAUGCCGCGAAAGUUCCCGCUCAAUGCCGUGGUCGAGCCCAGGCUGCCAGCCCGCCUGUAUAUGGGCGCUUGA